AUGUCAAAUUUUACACCCUCCCAAAAAUUAUCAGACUUGCUGAAACAUGAAGGAAGAUCAAAUUCGAUGCAUUCAUUCUAUAAUAAUAGAUCAUCAUGCUACUCGACGAUUAAUUUGAAUAGCUCGUUGCUGAAUGGAUGGGAUACUCAGAAUCAUCAACCUAUCUCAAUUUUAACUUCGAAUCGAAGUGAUGUCAAAUAGAUCAAUGUCUCUGCCUCAAAAUAAGUAUUGCACUCCUAAUAGUUAAGGAUAUCACAAAUGAGAUAGUAUCAUCUAAACAUGAUAGGAGAUCGUCUACUCAUCUAUUUGUUCAUUCAGGAUUGGAUGCUUAUGAGAAGUACCAGAGUUAGCCAAGGAGAGAUAUGAAGAUAUAUCCAAACUAUAAAUAGGAAUUGCUGCAUGAGGUAGUGAAGAUAGAAAAACCAUUUUAUAUUACUUCUGUUGAAGAGGUCGAAAGGUAUUGGAAAGCAAAGGAGCUCAUGCUACUCAGACAAAAAAGUUAAUUGGAAUUCGAAAUAAAGUUGUAAGCACAACUUGCUAAUAAAAAGCCAGUCAUUCUUAAGGUAGAACCAUUACAAGAGAUCACACAAACCGAAGUUGAAAUAUAAUAAUUAGAAAUAUUAUUGAAGUAUGAGUCCCUAAUAAGAAUAGGAACUAGAACAAGUAGAUUAACGAAUUGAAAUUGGAAAGUGAGGAAUUGGAUGUCAAAUUUGAGAACUUGUUGGAUUAAGACAAUGAUACACAAUUCCUCAGAUAUGAAAAAUAGCUUAAGCAUAUUCAAUAAUCAUUUAAGGAUUUGAAUAGAAGGUUUCAUGAGACUGAAGAACAAAUAUCGAUGAAAGAAAAUGAGAUAGAAUCGAGAAAAAAACAAAUGCAGCGGAAGUCUUCAAUAAUAAUGCCUUCGAAUCUAAGGAACUCUAUGACUGACUCUAAAUUUAAGUAGAGGUCAUCUUUCAAAAGAUAGAGUAUAAACUCUGGAACGAUGAGUCCGACUCGAGUGACCUUCUCAUAGAAGAGCUAACCCUCAGAAGAGUGCAUUAAAUUCAAACAUUGA